AUGAACCCCUUAUCACAGCAACAUAGUGUAGCUAGUAUUGGAAGCUUGUUGGGCAAUUUGCCUUUACAAGGAGAUUCAAGUUUACAACAAAAAACUCCACUUAUCCCUGGGGGUUCAGUCAAUCUUAACUUACAUGCAUCUGACAAUGCCGCCAGUAUUCCAGGCAGAACACCUUGUACUCCGCUCACUUUAUCCACUCCGUUGCAAGACCGAGAUGGUGCAAUCCCGGUACCCCAAUUACAGAAUAUUGUAUGUACCGUAUAUUUAGGAUGUAAAUUAAAUUUGAAGAAUAUAGCACUUAGUGCUCGAAAUGCUGAAUAUAAUCCAAAACGUUUUGCUGCCGUUAUAAUGCGUAUACGUGAACCUCGAACAACUGCUUUGAUUUUUUCUUCUGGUAAAAUGGUGUGUACAGGUGCAAAAAGUGAAGAGCAAGCAAGACUAGCUGCAAGAAAAUAUGCUCGUAUUAUUCAAAGGCUUGGAUUUGAAGCUCAUUUCAAAGAGUUCAAAAUUCAAAAUAUGGUUGGUUCAUGUGAUGUCCGCUUUCAUAUACGUCUUGAAGGUUUAGUAUUGUCACAAGGUCAAUUUGCAACAUAUGAGCCAGAAUUAUUCCCUGGGUUAAUUUAUCGUAUGACUAAACCAAAAAUAGUCUUAUUAGUCUUUGUUUCUGGGAAGAUUGUUUUAACAGGAGCAAAGGUUCGUGAAGAAAUUUAUGAAGCUUUUAAUAACAUUUAUCCAAUUUUGAAAAAUUUUAAAAAAUCUGACAAAGAUCCUAGAGCUCUCACAUCAUCGUCAAAUUAUAUGCACCCAUUAACUUGA